AUGUCCAUCCGCAUGGCUCUCGGCUUCAGGCCAGCAGACCUACGCAUCCACGACGACGAGCGAGACAAACACCUCAAGCGAGAACCAUGCAAGGAAAUCAAGCUUCGCCAACGCAUCAUCGCCGUCCAGUACAGCCACACAUUCAACCAGAUCAGAAAAUACAAAGCCGGCGACAUCGUCGACCCGUCCGCCGGAUCAGACUUCUUCGAGUCCAUCCCAGCAGACGUCAUCACGCCCGCGCGAUACUGUCCUCUCCAACUCAACCACCCAGACUGGACUAUCAAAGGCGUCAUCUCGCCUGCCCUGGCAAAAGGUGACGCCGCCAGAGCAAAGACAGCAGCGAUAGUGAAGUCGUUGUUGAAAUGGCCGGAAAAGUAUAGUUAUGACAUAUACAUGGUCCUCCUGGAACAAGAAACCCACUGUGAAUGCCACAAGUCGUGGAAACCCAAACAUGACUUGGAGAUUGUGAGAACGCCGGGGUACCAAAAGGCAACGGAGAUGGUGCGAUAUAAGGCUGCGAAGAAGAGGAAUCGAAAGGCAUGUUUGGCUUCGUCGAGCAGAUACGAGUUAUACGCUGGUUGUAAUGCUUUGUUGACCGGGAGGCCGGGACAAGCAAUGAGCACCAUUGGUAUUGUUUGA